CGUUCUCGGGUUGGAUAAAAACUACCUUUUCGAAUACUCCCGAAAAUGUUUUGUUAAUGUGAACAAAUUGUUACAACCUGAAAAUGUUGCGCGUGUUGUGUUUAGGACUUGUUGUGUUUGCUGCGUUGACUGUUACUUUGGUAACGUCAGAGGAGAAGUGGAUUGGGAAUAUCGAUGCUAAGUAUGGGUGGCAUUACAUAAAAGUCUGGUAUUGUCGUUCCUGGUAUUAUCCUCCCCAUCAAUGCGGACCGAGUGGAUGUGACCGGAUACAUUCGUGUGGACAAACCAGUUAUUAUGAUCGCGCGGUUUAUGGUUGGUCAUACUCCUGUCAACCUGGAUGGACCACUAGUACACCUCGGAAUUGUGAUAUACCGAUCUGUCGACCAAGUUGUCAGCAUGGCGGUGUUUGCGUUAAGCCCAAUGAGUGUGACUGUGGGAGUGUGGCUACAGGAUUAACAUGCCAGACACAGUCUUGUUCUUACCAACGACCAUGCUAUCCUGGAGAUUGUAGAAAUGAUACGUGCGCAUGCGAGACCGGCUUCUACAUGACAAACUCAAGCGACGGCUGUAUUAAUAUAAACAAUACUGUGGAGGAAUUCCGACCAGUCAUCACAAGCAGUAAUGUAUCGAUUGCCCAUAUCAGAAGAGAAGACAGUAAGACGCAGUACAUGUUUACAGUUCUUGGAAGAGAUGAGAACAAUUUCACCCUUAUUUGGAUCGACCAAAUGCGCUUCAACUACUUACGUUUUGAGUUUGAUGUAAUGAUUGAUACUCCUGACAUGCCAUUAAGACCUGUAUAUGUGCAUGAUGGUAAAAUCGGCGUCGUAGGCAGUAGUAUAGAAGCAAAUCUCACCAAAAUUCCUCGUGAUGGAAGUUCGAAGGAACGGCUCGUUGCCUUUAACAAAACAUACGAGUGUCAGACUGGAAUAUCAUCAGACAAUCCCACAGUGGGGAAAGACACAUGCAUCCUUAGCGACGAGAACUUUGUUACACUGAUCGAACAUGGUGAUAUUCUUCAAAUCAAGUUCCAAUCUCGCAGUGGCGGGUAUCAGAAGAUAUCUAAUGUGGAUGAUUGCGGCAGACUGUUUGCGACAAAGUAUUACACUGGUCUUAAGGCGGAGGAAAUCUUGGAGUUUCGAUUCGACUUCGUAACACCAACUCAUUGUUCUGAAGAGCUAAUGCAAUGUUCUAAGAAACUGCUUCACGUGGCAAACGAGUUUACUAGUGAUCAUAUUUUCAUCACAUGGGAUGGUUGGACUGAUGCGUUGGCUGGCAUGUGGCAGUACUACGUGGAAAUUUUCAAACUUACACCCAACAGAGAUGAUAGGCUAGUAGAAGCCAUACCCAUCGACCCCGUAUUUCAUAUCACAAUGAAUCAUACCGCUGGUAUUAUGUCUACUCAGUAUACCCCUGACGAACCUGGAAUGUACAGUGUUCUGCUAAAGGUUUCUGAUAUGGCCAAUAAUUCUCGUAUUGCUCGGCGCUUUGUUUUGUUCGAUGCCACACCUGAAAUAACAAUCAGUUCUGAGCCGGACAAAAAGCUGUACAUAUCAAGUGCCGUGAAGGAGACUGGAUACGCCUGGCAAACGCCUUCAGUCGGUGAUGACAAAGUAACAGUAAAUGUAAGAUGGGUUGGGCAUUUUGCGAAUCAACUACAUGAAGAUGGGAAAUUCCUUGCUGAAAUUGAGAAAUAUCCUAUUCAAUUUAAAGAACUCGAAGACGACGGUAUAUUGAUGAGCCAAAAGUUUGUAGCGGAUUCUCUUGAUGACAACGAGGGUAAACGGACACGUCAAGCAAUCCCCAACUAUCAUGGCAUCGUCAAAUAUGAGGUUGUUUACGAUCAAUCUGCAUUGGAACAGGCGCCUACAAUUGGUUGGUUAGAAGUUGAUCUUAGUGAACAAACAUCUACGCAAAGAAUUCUUGUAGAUGGCGACCGCUUGCGCGUAUGGGUCAGAGCUACUGACGUUAUGGGAAAUACAAAGACGGACUCGACGUUCAUGAGAAUUGACGGAUCUCCGCCGACCAUUUCAAGUGGAAAUAGUUCUGAUCAUCAACUUCAGUUAAAUGUUGCUGAUGGAUCAUACAGUCAUUCUUCAAGAGCAAUGUUUUUGGCGGCUGAUCUUCAAAGUGGAGUUCACCAGAUUGGAAUAAAGUUAACAGUCAAAUCGCCUGGGAAGGAUGAUAUUGUCACAUACCAAAAUUUUACAGACGCCAGUCGAGGGGAAAACAACGAAGACCCAAGGUGUAUCGGUUUAGAUCAGAACGGAGUGUGUCUUCUGCCAACACAGAAAGUGGAUAUUGACAACUGCUGGCUGACUGUUAGCAAGGAAGACCUGGUGUCAGCUUCAGGCGAGCUAGAGAUUACAGCAUACAAUCAAGCAAUGCUUACAGCAACCGCCGUAUUUGAUAUGGGUCCAUUGACAGAGCUCCAAGGUUUGGAAAAAUAUAAUGGUCCAACGAAAAUGAGAAUUGAAAACAAGUCACCCACUGGCUUUCGGCUUGCAUGGGACCUGCCAGAAACUGAAUCUUGCUACGGGAAAGCAGACAUUGUUAUUAUUUUAACGUUUAAGGACUCAACUGGCGAAAUCCAAAUUAAGUCUUUUGAAACUAGAAGCACUGCAAGCUUUUUCGAUUUUCUCGGACUGGACCCUGAAGUUGAAUACAAUCUAGGGCUACAGAUAAAGGCCGAUGGUGGAACGGCUCAACAAUUCGGAGAAGACCUUUCUGUUGUAACUCCUAAACAAGAAAACGCAUCUGCAGGGGUUUCUACUGGCGCUGUGGCUGGAAUGAUAGUUGGUUUACUUUCGAUGUGCGCUUUGGUUGUUCUCGUUCUCUUCGUCCUCACCCGUCGUGGAAUCAUCAACGUUCAACCGCAACGCAGAAUGGGCGAGAUACGUCGAGCUGUUACAAAGCGUGUACGUCAAUCGAGAAUGUUUGCGCCUGAGACUCAGGGACACUCACACGAGAACAAGGUCUAUGCGUAUGAUAAUCGACAGAGUGAGUUGUACUUAUACGGGGGAAUGGACUUCAAUACAUCUAGCAAAGGCUACAUUAGUAGGGAUCAGAUUACAUUUGACGUGCUCUUAAAGAGUGGACAUUUUGCAAACAUAUACCGAGCACGUUACAAUGGACAAAACGUCGUGGCUAAAACUCUGAAAGAGCACUUCACGAAGGAUGACGAACUAUUAAUGAAGGCAAAGGUAAACUUCUCUUCCGACAGAGUUGGCGAUCAUCCGAACGUGAUUAAGUUUGUCGGCGCGAUAGUGGAUGACGUGACAAUGGGUCCAAUGAUUAUUUAUGAGUUUUGCGAAAACGGAACAAUGAAGGAUUACCUCGUGAAAAACAAAUCCAACAUGAACGUUGAAAUGCAAGAAAACCUCUUCCGCUUUGGACUAGAUAUCGCCAAAGGCAUGGAGUUUCUUGCCUCUAGAGGGGUGACACACCGACGUCUUGCUGCCCGAAACAUUCUCCUUAAUUUCAUGAACGAGGCGAAGAUUGCAGGAUUUGGACCCCAGUCGGCUGGCGAGGAGGAUGGAGGAGACGCGGAAACUGGAAAGAAGGAACGUAUCCCAAUCAAAUGGGUGGCGCCUGAAUGUAUGGAAUCAACAAAGAAAGCCAACGAGAGGAGCGAUGUCUGGUCGUAUGCUGUAGUUCUUUGGGAAAUCUUCUCGCUCGGUGAGACGCCGUACACAGGUAAAAGCCGUGAUCUUCCCCAGCGCCUAAAGAAAGGUGAACGUCUCGGGAAACCGGAGCUGUGUGAUGAGACAUGGUACAAAGUAAUGCAGAAAUGUUGGGAAUUCGACUCAAAGAAACGACCACGCUUUGCUGAAGUCCGCGAACAACUGGACGCACUCUUCGUGAAUUCUCCAGGGGACGAUUUCUAUUACUACAAACGGUAGAUCACGCGAAGAACUCUACAUUUGUGAAGAUAAUUUCUAGAGAGUCGAAGAAAAGACGUUUUUAUUUAUUAUUUAAAACACUAAAUCUCGCGAAAGACUCUACAAAUCCUUGGGAGUCGUAGGAAAGACUAUAACAUGUAUGAAUACAAACGCUUAAUCAUGCGAUUAACUGUACUCAAAUUCAUCAUAUUCCUCGUCGCUGCUGCAGUUAUAUUCAAAACGCUAAAAUUAUCGAUAUGCUUUACAUUAUUGGAGCAAUCUUGGAACUAAAGCUACAAACGCCACCCAUCUCAAAAUGAAACGCAUUUUGAAUAAAAAACUGAAGUAUUUAAGUGCUAUUGAGAGAUAGCAUAUAAUUAUUAAUCAAAAAGUGUCUCUUCUUCAUUUGAUAGCUUUUACUUCUUCAAACACUAACUUGCAAAAAUACUAUAUACUAUACAUCUUGUUCUAUGUUCACGAGCAUUUCAUGCUCAAGUUACUUCAUAUUUAUGUUUUGAACAAAGUGUCAGUGUUAGAAAGCAUAAUGUCAAAAUGCGAAUGUACCAAUGGUCCUGACGAAGUUAAUACUUGUAUAUUAUACUGGUUUUGUUGAUAUAGUACCGCGUCAUUGCUAAUACUCUCUAUUUCAAUACAUGGGUUACUUAUUUUCUUCAGUCUGCACUACGUGAAAACUCAUUUUAAUUGUGAGUUAAUUGUAAUAUGUAACCGGAUUCAUUCCGUUCUCAACAGGAAUACUACUUUAUAAAUAACAAAGAGCGUGAAUGAAUUUAAUAUAUUCUAUAAGUUGUACUUUCAAAGUAAGUAUCCUUUAAAACCGUUGCCAUACUGAAUAUUCCAGAAUGCUUUUUUUUUAAAUUUCAUUAGAUCUUGUUCAAUAGUUCGACCUGGGCCUUUAUAGAAACAUAACUUAACGUUCGAUUACUGUUAGACUUGUAGUUUGCUUACAUGUUCAUAUCUAAUCAUUCCAGUCCAUCAUUUCGUUUCUAUAUUAAACAUAUCAUUUAACAUUGGAAAAAAAAUGCGUUUCUUUGUGUUUUUUUGUUUGCCUGUCCCAUAUUAGUUUGUAUCAUGUGAAUCCCAAUUUAGUCAAAGGUUGUAUGCGUUUCCUUUAUUGCUCGUAACGUGAAGCCUAGACGCGUUCCUUUAUCGUAACAUGUGAAACGUUUGGCGAAUUGUACACGUUUGGUUAGUUGUUAAUGUUUUGAAGAAGCUACAGGUGUCUUUGCAAAGCGGAAAACGCACUAAAAUGAUUCAGACAAUUGAGUUUCCUGAUCCUCAUGAUCCUUGCCUCUGUUUUAAGUUCGGUU